AUGAUGGCAUCCAGACGAGGUAUUCAGAUCCAACCGGAAUUUGGUUAUGGACGUCCAACUCCCACGAGUCUUCCGGAUUUGUCGAGAAGUAACCGCCCAAGCUUUGAUGGUGCAUUUUAUCCCAAUACUAGCGUUGGUUCAUCGUCAAAUGUACACGGGGCUGCAGGACCGAGUUAUGGCCCAUACGCAAGCCAAGGCCCAAGUUGGGUGCCUCAAGGCAGGAUCUCACCCGAGACCUAUAUGGACGAUUAUGCUGCUUCUCCCAGCCCAACGGAUUACACGCUUGACCCCGCUCCUCGGACAUCCGGAAAAGCCAGAAGUGAUGGGAAAGGCCAUUCACAAAGGCGACCAUCCAACAGAGAUGAAUUUGAUGGACCACAUCAAUUUUUACAACGGCCACCCCCGGAAUACAUUGCCCAGCAGGAGAGGGACUUGCCACAUCUCCCUACAAAUCUUGUGGUACAGGAACAGGAUAGUGUCCUAACUAGAGUCAAUGACAGAUUGUCACAGUGUGCUUUUGACUUUGUUGCCAAGUACCAGUUUCCUAUUCCUCUAAGCGACAGCUGUCGACCCGUGGAGCGACCGCAAGACCGAGAAUGGACAGAAUGGGUCUACCUUCUGAAACGCCUUGCUACUAAGAGACGCAUACCCGCCCGGGUGUUGUAUAAUGGCCAGAUAAAACAAUUUGUCACAAUCUUGGAGAACAGCCUGGAGAUGAGACAUGCCGCAAAGCAUCAAUCUCGCCCUUUAAAGGAUGACAGGAAUAUUCUCCAACUGAUCUCUGCCGGAAUACAGGUUGCCAAAAUUUUGAAGGACGCGGAGGCUAUGUCUUACCUCGACCGUUUAUACGUUACGACAGAGCAGCAAAUCCAAGAGAGAAGUGCGAGCCGCUUUCGACCUUGA